AUGGAUCUCAAUAGUGCUAGCACUAUUGUUUUGCAAGUCUUGACCCAAGCUACUAGUCAAGAUACUGCAGUGUUGAAGCCAGCUGAGGAACAACUGAAGCAGUGGGAGACACAGCCAGGUUUUUAUUCAGUGUUGUUGAAUAUCUUUACAAAUCAUAGCCUGGAUGUGAAUGUAAGAUGGUUAGCUGUGCUAUACUUUAAAAAUGGAAUUGAUCGCUACUGGAGACGGGUUGCACCACAUGCUCUUUCUGAAGAAGAAAAAACUACAUUGCGUGCUGGACUUAUCACCAAUUUUAAUGAGCCAGUGAAUCAGAUAGCAACUCAGAUCUCUGUACUGAUUGCUAAAGUUGCCAGGGUGGACUGCCCAAGGCAAUGGCCAGAACUUAUACCCACUCUUCUAGAAUCUGUGAAAGUCCAGGAUGAUCUUCGACAACACAGAGCACUACUUACCUUUUAUCAUGUUACAAAGACCCUGGCAUCCAAACGGCUUGCUGCAGAUAGGAAACUUUUCUAUGAUCUUGCAUCAGGUAUUUAUAGCUUUGCGUGUUCCUUGUGGAAUCAUCAUACCGAUACGUUCCUACAGCAAGUUUGUGCAGGGGAUGAAGCUGCAGCCACGAAUUCACUAGAAAGAACCUUGUUGUCAUUGAAAGUGCUUCGUAAACUCACAGUCCAUGGAUUUGUAGAACCUCACUGGAGUGUAGAGGUGAUGGGUUUUCUACAUGCAGUGUUUGAACGACUAAAACAGUUUCUGGAGUGUAGUAGAAGUAUAAGAGCAGAAAAUGUAUGCAGAGAUCGUCUAGAAAAGACUAUAAUUCUGUUCACUAAAGUGCUUUUGGACUUCCUGGAUCAACAUCCUUUUUCAUUCACCCCUUUGAUUCAAAGGUCAUUGGAGUUUGCUGUAAGCUAUGUUUUCACAGAGGCUGGUGAAGGAAUUGUAUUUGAGCGGUUUAUUGUACAGUGCAUGAAUCUCAUUAAGAUGAUUGUAAAAAAUUAUGCUUACAAGCCAUCCAAAAAUAUUGAAGAUAGCAGUCCUGAAACUCUUGAAGCACAUAAGAUAAAGACAGCAUUUUUCACAUAUCCAACACUAAUGGAAAUAUGUAGGAGAUUAGUCACUCACUAUUAAAAAAAAGAAUUAAUGAUGUGGGAAGAGGACCCAGAAGGCUUCACUGUGGAAGAGACUGGAGGAGAUUCUUGGAAGUACAGUCUGAGA